UAUUUCGCUUUUGGUGGAAUGAAUCUAUAUAAUAUGCGCUUGUGCACUUGUAUAGUGACACAAUGUACUACUCUAUUGACUGUCAUCCCGACCCUCCCCAGUAGAUGCCGGUGUCAACAUGAGGGAAUGUCAUCCUGAGCCUCACCACUGGAGGGCGAUGGACGAGGGAAUGUUGUUGUGAAACAGAAGGAAGACGCACACAGGAAGACACUCACACACAUCACAGAGUAACACCGAGAAGACGGAAAGUUCCGAAUGUUCACUAGUUUAAGGACCCUUACCUUUACUCUUUUUAGUUUAAGACCCCUCACGUUAACCGUCAGUUCCUGAACAUUAAUGAUAGCCCUCUUCUUGUAGACCUCCUGACCCAUGGACACCUCGGAACGUCGGGAAAUCUACAUCCCCCAAGACGCUCAGGUGGGGUCCAUCCCCCUCUGGACCAUACCGGACCGGAUCCUGGACCGGAUGGGAGUCCCCCGACCCUCCAACAACCCCUCCUCCUCCAGCUCCCCCUCUCCGUCCCCGGAGGGGACUUGGAUCUCCCCGGUGCUGGUCCGGAAGAUGAGCCAUCCUGCGGUCUCCGGGGACAUCGACCCAACGGGGGGGAGCCCCUUUUGGGCCAUGCGGAAAACACUCGCAGACACUCACGGUAGUCCGGUCGAAAUCCCGUUCGUGACGUCGAACCGCCUGGCGCUCGAGGUGUUCCGGGAUUUCCUACCUGGCGCACGGUUCUCCAACCUCACAAGUGGCCCCCGAUCGUGCAUCAGGUUACCUCGGGUGGCCGCUCCUCCCCUCCACCAAGAAGCGGUGCUCGUCUACGAGGGCAACGUCUUCCUGUCCAUCAGGAUGCCCAAGCGGAGGAGAGGAGGCGAGCCCUCUUCGGCACCCCCCACGGCUCUGUCUCCGAGUCCGGUCUACUCUGUCCCGGACAGCACAGCUGCGUCCAUCGGAGAACCUCACCAGACCGAACGCACGCUGAGAAACUCUGGAGGACUACAAGUCCAAGAAGACACUGCUACUUCUCACCCAGUCCCAGAAGACCCUGCUGCUUCUCACCCAGUCCCAGGAGACCCUCAUUCUCCUCAUCAAGACCCAGAAGAAGAGUCUGAGGACACCCCCUCUGAGACCGCCAGCGCUCCCAACACAGACCACCCAGAAGCAACCAGCAGCCCCCAGUUUGGGGACCAGGACCACCCUAGUGUCUUUGUCCCGCCACAUGAGGGCAGACUCGGAUCAGCUCAGAAGAAUUACAGAGACUGUGACUUCGAAGAGCUGGCGCGGGACGAGAAGAUCGCCCAGAUGAAAGCGAAGCUCGUCGAGUGGGAAGCGGCUCUGAGGAGAGGCUGCAGCUGAAGGCCGCAACAGGACCUGUGCACAGGCCCGGCUCUGGGCAUAGGCAGUAUAGGCGAAUGCUGCAGGCGCAUCCAGGGACGUCCUUAGGGGGGGGUAAAUUAGGAUGAUUCCAGGGGCGCAGCACUGGGGGGCGCCCCAGAGGACACUGGUGGUAUUUUUUAUGCAAAAAAUAAUUGUUUUUUUUUAUUAUUUUUCGGAUUAAAUCAUCAAAUUAAGGUGGUUUGUUUCGUUGUUUUGUUGUGGUUUGUUUCUCCAUUUUUACAAAAUCAUUAGAAAGUCUUCACCCUAUUAUCACCCCUCUCGUUUGUCAUUAUUGGGUACAGCCCAAGUCUCACGCUACUGCAGAGCAAAGUAGCAGCAAAGUAGUAGGGACGUCCCUGGGCGCAUCCAUCCGCCGGGGGCGCCGAAAAUAUGGGAUGUUUCUUUUUUUUUUAUACUGUAUUCAUCUAACUUUAACUUGAAUGUUUAUACUUCUUAAUACCAGUAGUUAUGUCGAAACAAAUAUUAGACAACAUAACAUAACAUGCAAAAUAAAAGAGCGCCCUAGUUUCCAUUUCCUCCGCGCCCCACAGUCCGCGACACAGUCUUCCCAUAAUGACCAAUAUUAUACUAUAGGUGUCCGGGAAGCCUAACCCAGACACGUCCACACAGAACGUCCCCAGAUGUGCCCUCGUGACGUCAGACUCCUUCUGAAAAGACACGCUGACGUCACGAACAGAACGCCACUUGCGUUCAGCAGAGGUGAACGUUCAGUGGUUUGGGGAGGAUGCCAAAAACAUCGGGUUCUACCAAUUCUUUCAUUCAAUUGGUGACUUAUUUCAGUAACGGUGAUAUAAGGCAUAUUUACGAUCAUAAUGACCACGUUUAAAACAAAAGAAAAGUGGUUUGGCGUUCACUGGCUCUUAAACAUCCCAGUGCUCACAUCACGCCUCCCAGCUGGAGGCGACGAGAUAUCCAAGCCCCGUAGGAACCAUUGACCCCAAACCAUGAUCCAAGCUCACGUUUCAGCCUCUCGCUGCAGAUCAGCGGUGACUCGCUUCCGUUGAACAUAACUAUCAAACCCACAAAGUGUCCGGACCAAUCAGCGCAAUGGGAAGGUAUAUGUUGGUACUCUUCGGAUGUGCUGAGCUAAGCCGUUUCUCCAGAUCUCAGCAUCUGCCACCGAAAGUCUGCAAGACCUAAAGCGCACUCAGGGUUUUGAGGCGAUGCCGGGUGUCACCACUAGGGGGCAGUAUGACCCAGCAGGCGACACGAUAAGAAUAUAUUUUAUAAUAUUCCGGUAUAUAGGAGGCGUUCCCUUCCCAUAAGAGGUUAUUCAAAAUGUUAAGAUAUGUUUCCUUUACUUGGUUAAAAAAUAAAUAUAUUUGUACCUGG